ACGGAGACAAGAUGGCGGCGCUGCGGGCGAUCCGGGGGGUGGUGAACGGGGCCGUGUCCGAGCUGUCCGGGGGCAACAGCGGCGCGGCCGCCGCACGGGAGCAGGCGGCGGCGGCCAACCGGGACUACAUCUCCCAGCCCCGACUGACAUAUAAAACUGUAUCAGGAGUUAAUGGUCCACUGGUAAUCUUGGAUCAAGUUAAGUUUCCUAGGUAUGCAGAGAUUGUCCACUUGACACUUCCUGAUGGCACAAAGAGAAGUGGGCAGGUUUUAGAAGUCAGCGGCUCUAAAGCUGUAGUUCAGGUAUUUGAAGGAACUUCGGGUAUUGACGCUAAGAAAACAUCUUGUGAAUUUACUGGGGAUAUUCUCCGAACCCCAGUAUCUGAGGAUAUGCUUGGUCGUGUAUUUAAUGGAUCAGGAAAACCUAUUGACAGAGGUCCCAUUGUCUUGGCUGAAGAUUACCUGGACAUUAUGGGUCAACCAAUCAAUCCUCAGUGUCGAAUCUACCCAGAAGAGAUGAUUCAGACUGGCAUUUCUGCAAUAGAUGGCAUGAACAGCAUUGCCAGAGGACAGAAAAUUCCCAUAUUCUCUGCUGCUGGUUUGCCCCAUAAUGAGAUUGCAGCUCAGAUAUGUCGCCAGGCUGGUUUAGUGAAGAAAUCCAAAGAUGUGAUGGACUACAGUGAAGAGAACUUUGCCAUUGUAUUUGCUGCUAUGGGUGUGAACAUGGAAACGGCUCGAUUCUUCAAAUCUGACUUUGAGGAAAAUGGCUCCAUGGACAAUGUGUGUCUGUUCUUGAACUUGGCCAAUGAUCCAACCAUUGAGCGUAUUAUCACCCCUCGACUUGCGCUAACCACUGCUGAGUUCUUGGCCUAUCAGUGUGAGAAGCACGUACUGGUCAUUCUGACGGAUAUGAGCUCCUAUGCUGAAGCUCUACGAGAGGUUUCAGCAGCUAGAGAGGAAGUGCCUGGCCGACGUGGCUUCCCUGGUUACAUGUACACCGACUUGGCCACUAUAUAUGAGCGAGCUGGGCGUGUGGAAGGCAGGAAUGGCUCCAUUACUCAGAUUCCUAUUCUUACUAUGCCCAAUGAUGAUAUUACUCAUCCCAUCCCUGACUUGACUGGAUACAUUACUGAGGGGCAGAUCUACGUGGAUAGGCAGCUGCACAACAGACAGAUUUACCCACCUAUUAACGUGUUACCCUCCUUGUCUCGACUGAUGAAGUCUGCUAUUGGAGAGGGUAUGACCAGGAAGGACCAUUCAGAUGUGUCCAACCAGCUGUAUGCCUGCUAUGCUAUUGGAAAGGAUGUGCAAGCUAUGAAGGCUGUAGUUGGUGAGGAAGCGCUUAGCUCAGAUGAUCUUCUUUAUCUGGAGUUUCUGCAGAAGUUUGAAAGGAACUUCAUAGCUCAGGGUCCUUAUGAAAAUCGCACUGUUUACGAGACCCUGGACAUUGGCUGGCAGCUUCUGCGAAUCUUCCCCAAAGAAAUGCUAAAGAGAAUUCCUCAGAGCACCCUGGCAGAGUUCUACCCUCGAGACUCCACUGCAAAGCACUAGCCACAGCUUCAUCUCUAGCUCUGUAUUCUGUGAAAGGCUGUUUAUUUUCCUCUUUCAUGUGUUGGUGUUUACUUGUCACUCCUGUAAUUAAAACCAAGAAUAAGUGACAUGUUGUGCCAGUGUUCCUGAUGUGUUAUGCUGAUAAGAGUUUAAAAUAUCUCUUUCCAAAUCCUGGAUCUUCAGUGGUUUUGGUAAAAUUUCCUGAGAGGAAGAAGCUUCAAAGUCACCUAUCUUUGUAGAUGUAUGUAACUUCAGUUACUAUAAUUAUGUCUUCCCUUAAAGCAUCUCAGGAGAGGGAUUACCAGAAGCUGCACUUGGUCUCCAAACCAGGAACAAUAUAACUAGUUAUUUAGGGGGAGCCAAGGAGCAAGUGGUAGCCCCCCUCUUGCCCAGAGCAUCUGCUUUCAGCCUGAUCAUGUGCCACUGCUGUGCUGUUGCUUAGAACAGAUGGCACUCUGUGCUGACCUACUAUUGUGAUGGAUGGACAGACUAGCAAGAGGAAGGUUGGCUACAUGGCAGUGUACAUCUGAUACCAGAACACAAUUCACUGUUUGCUUUAAUUAGAACUGCGGGAUCCUUGAUCAUUUUGCUGCUGUCCCCAGAGUUAUGCAUAUAUGAAGUUGCAACAUUUGCACAAAUAAUGCUUUCCAAGUAGCACAGCAAGAUUCCUACCUCUUCAGAGAUCCAGAGCAGUAAGUCUCUAUAUGAGGAUCAUAGGUUUUGUCCUAUCUUGGACUAGGGAGUCAAUCAACCUGUUGAACUGCCCCCUUGGAAAAGGUAGAGAAGCAGGAAACUUACUCCAACCAUUCCACUCCCUGAAAUAUAGAAGUCACAAGUAUGAAAAGGGGCUAAAACCCAGCGCUGUCCCAAAUCAUGCAGAUGCCUGAUAGUACAACACUGUAGACUGUCCAAAGCUUCAAACUCUCCUCAGUACAAAACUGAACUGUUACCCCAUUAUAGGAGACAACCCUAUUAUACCAGGUCCUCCAGAUACAAUUGUAUUGGUAGUGUUGGAGGGGGGCCCACUUAAUUUUGUAAUUUAGAAGUCUUGUACUAAAAUGAUGCACACGGGCAGAAGGCAGCUCUUGUUGGCAUGUAUGAAAGGAUAUUUUGAAUUCUGUGUUAAAUCAUUCUCUGCAUGACAUUGGGCCUUAAACCAUGUUUUAACUUUGGUUUAAAUCACCCUUCCAAACAUGGAUUUGGCUAGCCAGUUUAGAUCUAGCCAAAUGGUUGAGAGUUUCCAAAGCACUCCUAACCCAGCCAGUAUCUGCAUGCUUGGAAUUAGUUUAAAUCGGGUUCAAAGCCCACUGCAGAGAGGGUUUUAGAGUUCCUUAUUUGUCUACUUUCCAUUUCCAGGCUAAUCUGCUCAGUUCAAGUUAUUUUCCUAUCCAUGGAUGAGUUACAAACCAUGUUAGUACCUUCCUAGACAAGUGUUAAACUCAGAGGUGCAACAUGGUUUAAACUGUGCCGAAUACUGACUUCAGCUUGUCCCUCAUGUUGCCCUGCAGCUCUGUCCUGUGCAGGUCUCACUUUCUAUUGUUUGGGCUCUGUAACUCGGGUGCAAUAGCAGAUUCUUUAGUGCAUUCCAUCUUAAAGCUGUAUCAAUUCUAUUUUUCUUGGGGAGGGGGGAAUGGGAAGGUGUUAGCAUGAGAAUAUUUUAAUGUAGAAAAUGUGAUAUCUGAAUAAGUUAAAUAUGAAAAAUAAAUGUUGAAGAAAUCAA